UGCUGCUUGACGUCAAUCUAAUGGCGUCGGUCUAACAGUGCAGUCAUCAUAAGGCUUGUCAAAAAGUCAUUAUAUUGUAAUUUUCUUUACGUGUCUGUGGCUGUGUAUAUUGAAGACAUCAAAAUGAUUAUUACACUUAAAACUCUUCAACAGCAAACCUUUAAGGUUGAAAUUGAUUGUGACAGCACGAUCAAGCAGCUGAAAGAAAAAGUAGAGGCUGAAAAAGGCAAAGAUUACCCUGCUGGUGGUCAAAAGCUUAUCUAUGCUGGAAAAAUUCUUGAUGAUGAAAAGAAGAUUGAUGAGUAUAAGAUUGAAGAAAAAAAUUUUGUAGUUGUAAUGGUAACAAAGCCAAAAGCAAUGACGGUGUCAAAGCCUGCAGAAACUGCUACUGUGCCAUCAGCAACUGUGGAAACAUCUGCUGCUGCCGCCGCUGCCGCUGCUGCACCAGUCUCUGUACCUCAGGCAGCUGCACCUCCCCCUGCACCUGCAGCAGCACCACCUGUCGCAAGGCAAUUUGAAGCUGAGACCAGACUGGAUAGUGUGCCAGUCACUGAAGGCAUUGUUGCCCCAGCCACAGACACAACAGCUAGUGGUGCUACAGGUACAGCAGUACAAUCAGCAGAAAGUACGCUGGUUACUGGACAAGCCUAUGAAAACAUGGUAACAGAGAUGAUGUGCAUGGGAUUUGAGAGGGAACAGGUUGUGCGGGCACUACGUGCCAGCUUCAACAACCCAGACAGAGCUGUGGAAUAUUUGCUUGGGGGCAUUCCUGAAGUUCCACUUCAAGAGGAAGCUCCUCAAGCCCCUGCUGCAAGCAGUGCUCCGGGAUCUGGAACUGUAAGUGGUCAGACAACAGGAACUGCUUCCGCAAGCUCACCAGUCCCAGCUAAUCCGACACCAGGAGAGGAUCCACUUGCAUUUCUGCGCUCACAGCCACAGUUUCAGCGCAUGCGAAAUGCAAUAAGGGAAAAUCCUGGUCUUCUUCCUGCACUUCUGCAGCAGAUUGGGCAAUCCAACCCACCUUUGCUAUCGCUUAUCAGUCAGAACCAGGAGCGCUUUGUUCAGAUGUUGAAUGAAACUGACAGCUCGCAAGAAGAAGAAGGUGUACAAGCACAGGGGGCUGGUGGUGGCAGUGGCACACCUCUUGGAGGUUCUGGCUACAUUCAUGUUACGCCCCAAGAAAAGGAAGCUAUUGAUAGGUUAAAAGCUCUUGGAUUUCCAGAGGGUAUGUGCAUCCAAGCGUACUUUGCAUGUGAGAAAAAUGAAGAUUUAGCAGCCAACUUCCUGUUGUCACAAGGUUUUGAUGACGAUGAUGAACAGAGUUGAUUAUGUGACAGGAAAGACUGAUAUUUCAAGGAUGUUUGUGCUAGAAAUAUGAGCAGAACAUGCUGUGUUAAACUGAGUGUAAUGUAUAAAAUAAACUAUUUGAUUGGCUGAAAUACUUUGAUUUUCUUUGCUAGAAGAAGCAGAGAAAUAGUUAUAAAAUAGUAUGGGUACUAUCAUGAGUUGCAACAAAUGCUAUUCUUCCAAACUUUGGUGUUGCAAUGUUUUUGAAUUGUUGUGGGCAAAGGAUAGUGGAAUGCAUAAGAUCCUUCCUCCCCCCCUCCUCCCUUUUUUCAAAUUUAAUCAUCACAUUUCUGCAAGACUUAGAUUUUUGUUUUCAUCUGUUAACAUUUGCUAGUGUAUGUUCAUAAAUGGAAUGAUUUGUGCAUUUCUAUUUUGGCACAGAGGUCCCAGGAAUUCCUUGCUGAUUGCAAAUUAUUGAUUGGCUGAAGAUAUCAGUGUCCCCUUAUUUGUUUAUGGUUGUCUCAUUUUUUAAAUUCUUUCCUGUUAGAACUAUUAGAUAAUGACUUUUAAAAAGCAUAUGAAUGCUUUGGUCUGCUUUACACAUUAGAGACAAUUUUGUAAUCUUACCAUCUAAACAGUCACAUUUAAAGUUGAUUACUCUAUCACCUACCUUUUAUUGGACACUCUAGUUAUCCCCAACCCCACCCCACAACAUUUAGAAUAGUCAUAGCACUAAUGCAAAUUAGUAAGGGUAGUGAAACUAUACAUAACUGUUUUAAACCUCUGCAAUUUUUUAAUGAUGCUUAUUUGAUGCCGCAUUUAGAUGGAUAGGUUUCUUCAGGAGCAGGUCAGAGUGCAUGUUAUAUCUGGUAAAAAGUCAGGAAUGUGCUUCAUUGGUGUAACAGUGUACCUAAGGAUUCAAGUAUGCAAUAUUGCAUGGUCCUGGCUGGACUGAAAGAGUGCAUGAUGGCAGUGAGUGACAGUUUUUGCAUGGUUGCAGUCCAGUCUUGUUUUUGCUUCGCAUGAACUGUUCAGAGGUUCACUAUAAUACAUAUUAGUCUCCUUGUUUGACAGCUUGCACUGUAUUGCAUUUUGGUUAAUCAAGUCAAGCUCUGUUUCUCAAGUGUUUUAAGCAUCAGAAGCAUGUACAAUAAAUGUAUGCUCUACCUGUUACAUUUACUUCUGAUGUAAAUUUUACCUGCGAAAUUGGCAUUGCUACAGUUUCCUUGGAAAUUUUCAAAUAAAAAGUCAUGACUACUU